AUGUCGGCGAACUCUCUGAACAUCAAUUCGACUCUGAGUCUUCCGAAAUCGCAGUACAAGAUUCCACAAAUCGGCUUCGGAGUCUACCUGUCUCCAAAGGACGUCUGCGUUGCCUCAUGCAAGAAGGCCUUCGAGGCAGGAUACCGUCAUAUCGACACAGCCCAGUACUACGCGAACGAAGAGCAAGUUGGUCAAGCGCUGAAGGAAAGCGGGCUCCCUCGGAAAGAUGUGUACAUCACGUCCAAGAUCUUAAGCGCUGGAGAAGACGUCGAGUCUACAUACAAGAAGGUCGCCGAGAGCGUUGAGAAGCUUGCCGGAAAGGAUGGCUACGCAGACCUGUUCCUCAUCCACAGCCCCAACGGAGGCAAGGAGGCCAGGAAGUUGAUGUGGCUUGCGCUGAAGCAAGCGCAGGAGAAGGGCAUCGUGCGCGACAUUGGUGUCAGCAACUACGGCAUCCAGCACAUCGACGAGCUUGCCUCCAUUGAUAGCAAGGCCAACCUACCUGCUGUCAACCAGAUUGAGCUCCACCCCUGGUGUCAACAGCGCGAGGUCGUCGAGUACUGCCAGUCCAAGAACAUCGUCGUCGAAGCCUACUGCCCGAUCGUCCGCAACGAGAAAGCCAACGACGAGACGCUUGCCAGCAUCGCCAAGAAGCACAACAAGGAGCCAAACCAGGUUCUCAUCCGAUGGAGUCUGCAAAAGGGCUACGUUCCUCUUCCCAAGAGCGACACGCCAUCUCGCAUUAUUGGCAACGCCGACAUCUACGGUUUCGAACUUGACAAGGACGACAUGGCUAAGCUGGACGGUCUGGAUCAAGGAGCCAAGGGCGCUAUUGUGCAGGCCGUAACCAAUGCUUAA